CUUUCCGAUGUGUCAACCAAAUGUUUGAGGGCCCAAGAGCUGAUAUACGAGGUUUCCUUCGAUAGAAGACCGACCCCCAUGGACGUCCAUGAAGCAGAGCUGAUAGGACACAAGCAUCAACGCAUUUCUGCAUCGGGUCGAGACUACCAGUGUUUGGGCAAGAGCUGGGGUCAAAACCAGCAGAGCAUUACUUUCUUCAGCGAGCCCAAUUGCGAGGGAGAAUAUAUAACCCAGAAUUGCCCUGACAUCUCGCAAUGUGUCCCCAAUGUCGGAGAUAACGCGAUCUCCUGUGCAUGCGUCAUCGGCAUUUGGAUACUCUACAGUGAACCUUUCUACAACUCUCAAGGAUUCGGAACAGUGGAAUGGUGGUUUGGACUAGGUUACUGUUGGAACUUGGGGCCUACCGAUAACCAAGUCUCAUCCCUCAGGUCAGCAGGACUUAAGACCAACUUCAUGGCAAACACGAUCACACUUUACUAUCAUCUUCUGUUCAUGGGGGAAGAAUAUAUCGACAUCACAGACCUUCCCGAUGUGCCGAUGAACGACGUAAACUCCAUCAUCAUCACGGGUGAAAGUGACUGGACCGUCUAUACGCUCCCGAACUUCUUGGGGGCGAGUGCAUGCCUCAGUGUCCAGGCUGGAACGUUCGUGGGCUUUUACACGGACCUCUCCGAUCUCGAGAUCAACUCGGUCAGGUCCUUCCGAGAAGGAUGCUUCAGCGACACAAAGAUUCAGCCCCGCCCCCAGAGACAAGGUGUGGUCGUCUCGGACAGUGAAUAGUUUGGCCUCACACGAUUCUUCUGCAUGAAUAAAUUCAUUGAG